AUGCAAGGAAAACAGGAAGCAAUGAAACGGGGAAAUAACGAGGGCUCGCUACCCAAACUCAAUAUCGCGUUCGUCCAUCCAGACUUAGGCAUUGGUGGUGCUGAAAGGCUGGUGAUCGAUGCUGCUGUUGGGCUUCAGCAGCAGGGCCAUGAGGUAGUUAUUUACACUAGCCAUUGCGACAAGAAUCAUUGCUUUGAAGAAGUGAAAAGUGGAGAGAUCAAAGUCGAAGUCUUCGGAGACUUUUUGCCUACAAACUUGGCAGGUAAACUCUUUAUUAUGUUCGCAAACUUACGCCAACUCUAUUUGACGACGAAACUAAUGUCCAAAGGGAAAAUACAUCAUCACGACUUAUUUAUUGUCGAUCAGCUUUCAACCUGCGUACCUCUUCUCUCUGCGUUUGGGAAUAGAAGCAGAGUCCUCUUCUAUUGUCAUUUUCCUGACCAACUGCUCGCACAAAGAACUAAUCUGAUCAAAAGUCUCUACCGGAUUCCGUUUGAUCUACUUGAGCAGCUAACAAUGAACGCUGCGGAUUGCAUUGUGGUCAACUCAAACUUUACAAAAUCCGUUUACAAGCGCACAUUCCGUUUAUUUUCUCAAAAGCCAAAUGUUGUGCAUCCUUGCGUAGGUUUAGAAACAGAACUUGUCCAAGACAAAGAUUUCGCUCUCUACAAAAAGCUCUUUCCACCAAGUACUAGAUUUUAUCUCAGCGUUAAUCGCUACGAGAGAAAGAAAAACAUUGAACUGGCCAUCAAGUCCUUUGCUCUGUCAACCGAAAGCAAGCGUAGUAAUGUGAAGCUCGUCAUCGCGGGCGGUUACGACGACAAGGUCUUAGAAAACAAGGAGUACCUGAAGGAGUUGCAAAAUAUUAGCAAAAAUUCAAACCUUCCAUAUUUUACGCUGCAUUACGCGCAUUGGGACCAGCAGCUAAGCGAUUCGGGUAUUAGUGGUGCCACCGACGCAAAAGUUUUAUUUUUGACCUCAAUAUCCUCAUCUUUGAAAGACCAGUUGCUUCGCGAGACAGACCUUCUUUUGUAUACCCCGUCAUUCGAACAUUUCGGGAUUGUGCCUUUAGAGGCAAUGAAGCUGGGCAAACCAGUAUUAGCAGUCAACAAUGGGGGACCACUGGAAACAAUAGUUUCUUUGAUUCCAAAUACGAAUGAGAAUAAUUCUACAGGAUGGCUGAGACCUUCAGAUCCUAAGGAAUGGGCUGAUGCUAUUGAAGAGUCUCGGGACUUUAUAAAAGAAGUGGACAACAUUUUCAAAAACAACGGCCCUGAGAGGGUCAAAAAGUUGUUCUCAAGAACAGCCAUGACCAAUCAAUUUGAGAAAAACAUUCAAGAUAUAUCAUGGAAAACUGACAAGAAAAGUUGGCUGGGUUAUAUUAUGUUUAUUUCUUCGGUUCUCUCGGUGAUUUUUCCAGCUGCAUUGCUCAUGGGGUGUAAUUCUUUGAGCUUUUGUGUGCUAAACGCUACUUUGGUCAUUCUUUUUCACUCUGUCCCAACUUUAAUGUGUAUAGUCAGUGCGGUUCUUCUGACGCGCUUGUUUGAAGUGUUGAUCCAGAAAUAG